UCGAGCUCAGCUGGAAGUUGGAGACGAUAGUGUCAAGAUGAAGACUUCCGUUUUAUUCCUCGUCCUCCUGGUGGUGCUGUCGGCGGUCCUCAGCGCCGCCAACCCCGCCGCUGAUCCCUUCAAAAAGAAAGGUUACAAGAAGCAGAGUUACAGGCCUAGGCCGGUUGCUAGGCCUGUAGUUUACCGCCCUGUCUACGUUGUGCAGAAACCGGUACAGCCAAGCUACGGACACCAGCCAAGCUACGGACACCAGCCAAGCUACGGACACCAGCCAAGCUACGGACACCAGCCAAGCUACGGACACCAGCCAAGCUACGGACACCAGCCAAGUUACGGACACCAGCCAAGCUAUGGACACGGCUGGUAGACAUUCUUGUUAGUGAUAUCCAAGAGAUUCCCCGGGCUUCGGGACUGUCUAAAGGAAUUUAGGAAUGAUCGGUUUUUGCAACUUUAAAAGCACACUACCUCCAUUUUCAUUUCAAACUUUGAGAGUCGCUGCCUGCCUUUACUUUAGAAGAUAAGGAAAUUUCAUGUAACCGAUUUAUUUCUGUUAAUCGUAUCAUUCUCAUUGACAGUACUUUUCGAAAGAUAUUGAAUAUAUAAUUGGUUCUGUAGAUUGUGUAAAUUUAUGUAAAAUUGUGUUUUACAAAAAUAAUAUUUAGUACA